AUGAUACCGACUCUCACUCUCCUCGCCCGCGCGUCUACAACUACUUCAUCAGCGACGCCCUCGUGCACAACCGCAGUGCCCGACAAGUACGGUUAUGUCCCUCUGGAUUCUUGUAACGCCAACUAUGGAUUUUACCCCAAUUGGGAGGAUAAUACGGCCUUUGCGGUUGCCUUUGGCUUGUCCACAGUUGCUCACCUGGCCCAGGCAGUCAUCCUCAAACAGAAAUUCUGCUGGGUCAUCGUUAUGGGGGCAUCCUGGGAGUGCAUCUGUUUCAUCGCUCGAGCCCUAGGAGCCAGGGACCAGCAGCAAGCGGCCUACGUCACCGUCUCGACUCUUCUAUUUCUAUUGGCCCCGAUUUGGAUUAAUGCAUUCGUAUACAUGAUCGUCGCCCGUCUUGUCCAUUUCGUCAUCCCGCGGCGGCGUGUAGCCGGCAUCUCUGCACAAUGGCUUGCCAAGAUCUUCGUUAUCUUCGAUGUCAUGUGCUUUAUCAUACAGGCUGCCGGUGGAGGUAUGCUCGCCUCGGACAACGCAGAUGCUUCCAAGCUGGGGCAGCAUAUUUAUAUGGUUGGUAUUGGCAUCCAGCUUGGCUGCGUCGUGGUCUUCCUUGUUAUUCACGGCCUCUUCUAUCGCGAGCUUUCUCUUAAUGCUCGUAUAGGCAAGCAAGAGACUCGGAGCCGAUGGUUGAAGCCUCUCUGCCGCAUAUUCAAACCAAACCAACUAGUUCAGAAAGUGCCUAUCAAAUCAUGUCGCGCUUCUGCUGGUUGGCAGUUAAGCAGAGACUGUAUAAUUCUACCUGAGCCUUGA